UGAGUGCCGGCAACGCCAAUUGCUCGUUACGAACCUGAGGCCAGUUGCGAAUCGCUCUGUGAAAGCGACAGUGACAUUUCCCGGAGCGAGGGCUUGGCCCUUGCAAUACAGUCUCGAGUAGUAAAAACGACACAGAAUCGUGCACGUAUCUCUCUGUGUGUAUCCAAGAGAGAUGAUACGACAUUCUAUGUUAGAGUAGGAGCAGUUUAUAAGCUACACUCUCAUUGUCUACUUUUUUGGUUUUUUUUUCUUUCUAAGAAAGACAUAUGACGCGAACAAAAGUGCAAAUCUCCGGACUUGAAUGAAAAAGCAACAUGUGUUUUCGACGUUUUAAUAUCACCAUUGCGUCGUUAUGUGCGAUAAAAAAUACUGUUUUUGCACAAUAACAAAAAACUGGUUUUCAUUGUUCAAGUGUCGUAUUCUGUGUGAUUUUCAAUGAGAUUCGCAAAGAAACCGAUGGCGAUUGAGAAUUAGCGUGAAAGUGUAAUACGCAAGUAUAAGGCGCCAGGAGCUGUGAAAUUGCUUAUAUUUCAGGACAUUCAUUUGUCAGAUUAUGUGAAUUAUUUUGCAGAUCCCAAAACUCUUUUUGAAAUGAGUGUCUCGAAGAUCUCGCGGAUCUUCUUCCUGGUGACGGCCUUUGAAAUGAUGUCAUUUUCUAUCUCACUGACCGGAGAUAAUGUGUGUUCAAGAAUAGAAAAUUACACGGUUACGUUGUACGAGAUUUACCACGAGCCGGUCGUGGUCAACACGUUCACUUGGUGUUUACAAAUUCCCCCAAGAUGCCUCAAGACACGAACCGAACUGCGACAACGUCAUCGUGUGAAGACAGAACAGAAAUCGAGAACUGUAAAGGAAUGUUGCGAAGGAUACAAAAUACAGAUUCACGAUGAUCCAGAGAUGAAUGCGACAUGUAUACCGAUUUGCGAGAAAUGUCUAGCAGGAACGUGUGUCGCGCCGAAUACGUGCCAAUGUGAUCCUGGAUAUUACGAUGAUAAUUGCAGUCUCGAAUGUCCGCCCGGAUUUUGGGGUAUACAGUGUAUGGAAGUAUGCGACUGCGAUGAGAGAUACGACUGCGAUCGCGUAAACGGCACUUGUCAUUGUUCUCCGGGACUACAAGGACCCCAAUGCAAAGAGCAUUGCGCAAUUGGCCGAUGGGGAUCGGGUUGUGUAAACAAAUGCACGUGUCAAAACCAAAAUAACGACUGCGAUGCAGUAACCGGAAGAUGCACCGACGACGACGCCUCUUCAGUCCAACAAACGUCGUCCGUUUAUUUGCUAAGCUCUACUACUGAGCGUAUGCAAACACCCGGAAUUAGUAAUACGGAAUAUACAGAUGUUUCCUCUGAGCCGCGCGACGUUACUGAACACCAAGCGAAAGAUAACAGUGACAAUCGAUACGAUACAAAUUAUAUUCCGGAAACGACGAGUCCGGCAACAGCUUCAAUCGCGGUUCCGAGAGCGACAACGAACGAGAUGCGGAUAAGGGAUCCUCCAAUGAUCACUCAAAUCGUUUCGGUUUCUGUUCCCGAACGCAGAAGAGACGUUGAGAGAGACAAGUUCGUGAUCAAGGACGCCUUUCUCAGACACGUUCAGAACGACGAAGGUGUCGGUGUUCCGAAACUGGAUUACGUGAAAACCGUUCGCAAAGAUGUUCUCAUUGCCACGACAGACGACAUUCAGACACCGGCGUCGAUCCCGCUGGAUGUCACGCUGAUCGUCGUUGCCACAAUCGUCUCUCUCGGUCUUACCUCGCUGGCGGUUGUUAUGUUUCUUCACAUGCGUUCCAAGUUACUUGAGACGGUUCAUCUUGCGAUCUACGACGACGAGAAAAACAAGGGUCAAGAAUGCGAAGGCGCGAACGGCAAAAGGAUGUCCGCAGUGAUGAGCGCCAGUCUGCCACCACCUCCGAUUCGCGCGAAUCCCAUAUACACCAACGCAGAAUCGGAUACAAUACUGACGGUCGACGGUAUCGAAUCGCUGAACACUUACGCUAACGGCUCCGCUACGAUUGGUCUGCGAAUUUCCGGCAAUCUUCGCGAUCUAUUAGAUGGCCAUUACGAUCGGCCGUCAGCGACUCUGAUACGUUUGCAGCCAAACUUCGAUCAUAAUACGGAACAUCUGUACGACGAAAUACCGUCGCAAACCACUCCGUUAUCCAAUCGCAAAGAUUUGUGAUAAAAAAAAAAUAUUUAUCAUAUUUGUUACUUUCAUAAAUAAUUACAAAUUUACAUCUAGCAGUUGAUAAUAUUGCGUGAAAAUACGCGAGAUACGUUUUUUGACAAAAAAUCAUCAUGGAUCUUGUAAAAACAAACAAUCAAUGAAAAGUCAGUCACACAAUUCCGGAGAAAAACACACGAGAAAACUGGUUUCCAUUACGCAAAGCUAUUAAACUAGCAAGGUUGAACGAGACUGUAAUCGGGAGUGAAAUAAGAAAUGUACAACUCGUUUAAUGGUACCGUCAAUAAUCGCCAGCAGAAUUUAACCGGUGAAGCGUGGAAACUUUCUGAAUCAACUAUAUUGUAGUUUCGACGGAAUGACGUCAAGAGCGAAAAUACAUCUGAUUACGAUCGUGCGCAAAUGCGCAAUUAGGUGGAAAGCGCAAAAUAAUAGAGUCUCGCGUAACGAGCGAGGAAAAAUACGAGCAUUCUGACUGUCAUUAUCCAAAUGAUACUAAACGUUUAUAUCGCCGACGCGUAAGCUACCUGCUUGGCGAGUGAACAGAUGUGAAAAUAAAUUGUCUGGCAAAUCUGUCAGUUUCGUUUAAUGUCGGUGUAACUUACGGUAUAACUGCGUUACGCGUAUAAACUCAUUGUUCAUUUCUGUGUUCAGUUAACAUUUCGCGAUUUGAGCAAUUACUUUGCAUAUAUUCCCAUUUGUCAUAUAAGUCAUAUACACACGUAAUUGUGGAAAAUCUUACAUUGUCUCUUUUAUAAUAACAUAUUGAGAUUUUCUAACAACAUAUUUUGAAUGUUAAAGAAAUUUUUAAUGUCUCUAAUUAAUUUACAACAGACAGUACUUUUGUCAUGAAGAAAUAGCGCUCUAUUCGCGCCUAUCCGAGAUAAUACUAUGUUUUUUUUCAAACGCAUACGCGUAUGUCAACAAUAAUAUGAAGUAGGUAAUAAUUUACUCAAUUACAUAAAUUUCUCAUGAAAGAGAAAGUAUACUUACCUUAAUUAUUUUCAUGUAUUGUUUAUGUGUGUGUGUGUGUAUGUAUGUUUGUGCGUGGAUAUGUAUGUAUGUAAGUGAAACAGUAAAUAUUAAACCAAAGAACUUUUCUCUAUUUAAAAUGCAUGUAAUAUAUUUAGAAAAUAUGUUGAUAGGAAUUACAGUGUGUGUGUGUGUGUGAGAAACUCUAUAUAAGUUAUCUAUUAUAUAAUAAUUUAAAAAUCAAGUUAAUUGUAAAACCAAAAACAUAAUGUGAUGUUACAUUCACAUUAUUUUAUGUGAGAAAGUUAAUGUAAUUUCAUGAACUACAAUUUGUUUAUGUAACCCAAGUAUCGUCAAAAAAGAGAAAUAAUUAAUAUCAAACUACGUUGUAAUCUCAAA